AUGCUUUUAGUGAAAAUUCGACGUCACAUUUACUGGUGCAUUUUGUUGGGAUAUCUUUUAACGUGUGUGAUCUCUCAUAGCACGGGCUUGAACAGAAGUGGCUCCUCUAAGUUAGGGGAAGGAUUAAAUCAUCAUCAUUCGGGAACAGUUUUAAUCGAUGGAACUCAAACCAGUGCCAGUAGUCGACUUCAAGAAUCAAGAUUCUCAAACCAGACAGCUGAUUUUGCUUCUUGUGAGGACUUGGAGGGCGUUGGUUCAUUUGAUACUACCUGUUUGCUCAGUUCAAACCUGCAUAUAAAUACUGACAUUUAUGUAGUUGGUGCCGGGAACUUGGAGAUACUUCCUUAUAUAUCAAUUAUUUGUCCGGUAGAAGGCUGUACAAUAAGUUUCAAUUUAUCUGGCACUGUUAAAGUUGGUCAAAAUGCUACUAUAGUUUCUGGCACUGUUAUUUUUUCUGCUCUCAGUCUGACUAUGGGACCUAAUUCUUCUAUAAAUGCGACAGCCUUGGGGGGAACACCGCCUUCUCAGACUAGCGGGACGCCUGUUGGCAACGAUGGAGCUGGUGGAGGGCAUGGUGGCCGUGGUGCUUCCUGUCUGAAAACUAAUCGUACAAAUAAUUGGGGCGGUGAUGCCUAUUCAUGGUCAACUUUGUCUAGUCCAUGGGCUUAUGGUAGCAAGGGUGGUGGCACAUCUGAUAUACACAAGUAUGGGGGAAAUGGAGGUGGACGUGUUUUGCUUGAUGUAAAGGAUGUUCUUUAUAUAAAUGGAUCUGUAUCCGCAGAAGGUGGAGAUGGAGGAUCACUUGGGGGCGGGGGAUCUGGUGGAAGCAUCAUUAUGAAAGCUCAGAAUCUGAAGGGGUUUGGUAUCAUAAGUGCAGCUGGUGGGAGGGGAUGGGGAGGAGGUGGAGGCGGAAGGGUCUCUUUGAACUGUUACAGCAAGCAAGAAGACUUGAAAGUCAUCGUGCAUGGUGGGUGGAGUAUUGGCUGUUCCUGGAAUGCUGGAGCGGCCGGUACUUACUUCGAUGCAUAUGUACUGAGUUUACGAGUUGGCAAUGACAAUAUAACAACAGAAACAGAAACUCCUCUGCUGUAUUUCUCUACUAGUCCGCUGUGGACAAAUGUCUAUGUGGAGAACAACGCUAUAGUUCUAGUGCCUCUGCUUUGGACUAGAGUUCAGGUGAGAGGCCAGAUAAGUUUGUAUUGUCGAAGCAGUAUUGUUUUCGGAUUGUCCCAGUUCCCAGAAUCAGAGUUUGAACUUGUCGCAGAGGAACUUCUAAUGAGUGAUUCCACAAUACAGGUUUAUGGUGCUUUUAGAGUAGCUGUCAAAAUGUUACUCAUGUUAAACUCCCAAAUCCAAGUUGAUGGUGGCGAAAAUACCAUUGUUGCUACCUCUGUUCUUGAAGUCAGGAAUCUUGUUGUUCUUAAGGACAACUCUGUCAUCAGUUCAAAUGCAAAUCUGGCUCUAUAUGGACAAGGCCUUUUACAGUUGACCGGUCAGGGUGAUGCAAUCAAAGGCCAGAGACUUUCCUUGUCACUAUUUUAUAACAUUACCGUUGGCCCAGGGUCUUUACUUCAAGCUCCCUUGGAUGAUGAAGUCAGCAGAAGCUCGAUAACUAAAUCUCUUUGUGAGAGUCCAACAUGCCCAGUGGAUUUGAUUACUCCACCAGAUGAUUGCCAUGUUAAUUACACACUGUCCUUUUCAUUGCAGGUUUGUCGUGUUGAGGAUAUUUUGGUGAAUGGAGUUAUGAGGGGAAGUAUUGUUCAUAUCCACAGGGCAAGGACUGUUAUUGUGGAUUCUGAUGGCAUGAUAACUGCAUCAGAAUUAGGUUGCAGGAAUGGUAUUGGAAGGGGAAAUUACUCAAAUGGAGCUGGUGCUGGUGCUGGACAUGGAGGAAGAGGGGGGUCUGGAUUUUUUAGUGGGAAGCUGAGUGAAGGCGGUCCCAGUUAUGGAAGUGCUGAUCUUCCUUGCGAGUUAGGUAGUGGAACUGCAGGACCAAAUGAGUCGUAUGGAUAUGUGGCUGGUGGUGGAAUGAUAGUGAUGGGAUCCAGACAGUGGCCACUGCUAAGGCUUGAUAUCUAUGGGUCUAUCAGUGUUGAUGGCCAAAGUUGUCAUAAGCCAACCCGGAACAGUAAUGGUACACUCAUAGGUGGACUUGGUGGAGGUUCUGGUGGCACUCUUCUUCUUUUUCUUCAAGGACUGGAGCUUGCAGAGAACUCCUCUUUAUCUGUUGCUGGAGGUUAUGGCGGUCCACUAGGCGGCGGUGGCGGCGGUGGCGGAAGAAUUCAUUUUCAUUGGUCUAAGAUAGCUAUUGGAGAUGAAUAUGUACCUCUUGCAUUCGUAGAUGGUAUGAUGAACAGCAGUGGAGGUGCCGGGAGUGGAGAUGGUCUUCAUGGAGAGAAGGGGACAAUUAGUGGAAAGAAGUGCCCCAAAGGACUGUAUGGUACAUUCUGUACGGAAUGCCCUGUUGGAACCUACAAAGAUAUUGAAGGAUCUGAUCCAAGUCUUUGCACAGCUUGUUCCCUUGAUCGCCUUCCUAGUCGUGCUAAUUUUAUAUAUGUACGAGGUGGAGUCACCCACUCAUCGUGUCCCUAUAAAUGUAUAUCUGACAAAUACAGAAUGCCGAAGUGCUAUACACCUUUUGAGGAGCUUAUAUAUACUUUUGGAGGGCCCUGGUUUUUCGCAUUUUUAUUGUUGGGCGUUGUUGUGCUCCUAGCUCUGGUACUAAAUACUCUGAGAAUCAAAUUGAUUGGUUCGGGACACUCUUAUCGUAGAGAAGAUUCAGCUGAUCAUCAUGAUAAUCACAGUUUUCCAUCUCUGCUUUCCUUAUCGGAGGUUCCGGGUGCCAGAUCAGAAGAAACUCAAAAUCACGUUCACAGGAUGUACUUUAUGGGUCCCAAUACAUUCAGAGAACCCUGGCAUCUUCCUUACUCACCUCCCCAUGCGAUAUUUGAGAUAGUAUAUGAAGAUGCUUUUAACAGAUUCAUUGACGAGAUAAACUCUGUUGCUGCAUACGAAUGGUGGGAAGGGUCAGUGCAUAGCAUACUUUCAGUGCUUGCAUAUCCUUUUUCAUGGUCCUGGAAACAGUGGCGUAGGAGAAAUAAACUUCAUCGCCUUCAGGAGUUUGUCAAGUCUGAAUAUGACCAUUCUUGUCUUCGCUCGUGUCGAUCACGUGCUCUAUACAAAGGAAUGAAGGUUGGGGCAACACCGGAUUUGAUGGUUGCAUAUAUUGAUUUCUUCCUUGGUGGUGAUGAGAAACGCUUAGACAUGGUAACAAGUAUACAGAAGAGGUUUCCCAUGCGAAUUAUUUUUGGCGGGGAUGGAAGUUAUAUGUCACCAUAUAAUCUGCAUAGCGACGCAUUAUUGACAAAUCUCCUCGCCCAGCAUGUACCUGCAACUGUCUGGAAACGAUUGGUAGCUGGUUUAAAUGCCCAGUUGAGGACUGUGAGGCAAUGGUCAAUUCGCUCAGCUUUGGUUCCUGUUAUCAAUUGGAUUGGAAGUCAUGGGAACCCCCAACUUGAUUUUCACGGUGUUGGAAUUGAGCUUGGGAAAGUUGCUGCAAUAGUACAAAGUAAUGUUAGGCAUCCAUCGGAGAGCCAUACCUAUACAAGUAAUGCAUUAUCCCGCAAAAAGAUUACUGGUGGCAGCAAUGGUGGUUUGAUAGAUGAAUCUACCUUGAAAUUAUUGGGCUACAGAAGGAACUAUCUUUUCCCAUUUUCUCUUUUAUUGCAUAAUACUCGCCCUGUUGGUCGACAGGAAACUGUACAGCUUUUUAUCACUAUCGUACUCUUGGCAGACCUCUUUGUCACUCUCCUUAUGCUCUUUCUGUUCUAUUGGAUAUCCCUCGGUGCUUUCCUAGCCGUUCUUCUCAUCCUUCCUCUGUCAUUGCUUUCACCCUUUCUAGCAGGCUUGAACGCCUUAUUCAGUAAUGGGCCUCGAAGAGCUGCACUUGCUCGUAUUUAUGCUUUAUGGAGCAUUAGCUCCAUAUCGAACAUUGCUGUGGCAUUUUUAUGUGGCUUAAUUCAUAAUGGAAUUUCCUCCUCGAAGCAGCCUGGAGAGAGCAACAUUUGGAAUUUUAUAAAGGAGGAUGAGACAUGGUGGCUUUUGCCCACCAUCCUGCUACUCUUCAAGGCAGUUCAAGCUCGAUUUGUCGAUUGGCACAUAGCAAAUUUAGAAGUCAGAGAUUUCUCUCUCUUCAGCCCUGACCCCGAUACCUUUUGGGCUUACGAAUCCAUUUCUUGA